AUCUCUCCAGUGCGCUGUGUAACGAGAAAUUCUGUGGAAACUGUCAUCCAAGUAAAGCAGCAAUGCCUGUUCAGUUGCUGAAGAUCAUUAAAGGAGAAUCUGAGACUCCGCUACCAAGCCACUUGCAGAAAGAGGAUUUAAAACACUUGCAAGAAGGAUUUGAUUAUACCAACAAAUACUUUCAGGGAACAGUUGUUCUUUGCUACCCGCUAACGAAACUCAGAGAUGGGACAGACUUUUUCAAGGUUGUUCUUCAAGAUUUAAAUAACUCAUGCUCAAGGAUCAACAGCAUCAAUAUUUUAAUAUAUGGAAAAAUGGCAGAGGAUUGUGCAAAAGUUAUACGACAUGGGGACACCUUUGUAGUUGCUGGAUUUAAGUUGGCAAAAUCACCUACAGCAAGAGAAGAUGGCAGACAUGGUUGCCACCUGGAGGUGUCUGAAGAAGCUGGAUCUGCCAUUUAUAUUUAUACUAAACCGAGCACAAGUGCUGCUUCAGAAACUGCAUCUGUGUCUGUUGCACCAAAAUAUGUGUAUACGCCUCUGAAUCAUCUUAAAGAUGGAACUGUAGUGAAUUUGUAUGGAAUUGUGAAAUUCUUCAAGCCUCCAUAUGUAAGCAAAGGAACUGAUUACUGCUCAGUUGUAACACUUGUGGACCCAUCAAAUGCAAAGUUAACAUGCACUCUUUUUCGUGGAAAUCUAGAUUCCCUCCCAAAAAUUUACAAAAUUGGAGAUAUUGUUCGAUUUCAUAGAAUAAAGAUCAGGGAAUACAAUGGACAGAUGCAGGGAAUUACCAGUGGGGGAUUUGCAUCCCUGACAUUUGAUGGCACUGUAGGUGCACCCAUAGUUCCUCGAACCUCUAGUAAAUUGUACACUUUCUUGGGUGAAGAGCAGAAAACAAUAGAAGAACUGCGUGCAUGGGCAGCUAGUAAUCUUUCCAUCUCUGGACCCGCGGCCUUUUUUUUUUUUUUUUUAAAUCAUUUGUUAAGACUUAUAUAUUAAGGUAUCAUGAUUCAGACCUCUGCCUCUCAGGCGUAUUGAAGUGGUUUCUUUUCAUUGCAGGUAUGGGAUGGCACAAAAUGUCCCUACCCGACGUGGAAGGUACCUGUGGAAGCAAGCGACCUGGAAGGAGAAAAAGCUCUCCUUCAUCAGCUGCGAAAUCUAACAGUGGACAUUCUAGUCUAUGAUAACCAUGUACCACUGGCAAAAUCACUUAAGAUUGGAAGUUUUCUGAGAAUUUACAGUAUUCGUACAAAGCAAGCAAGUGCUGACAACGCAGAUGCAUCGCAUGUAGAAUUCCAUCUUCAUGGUGGCACCUGUUACGGUCGAGGAAUAGGAGUCUUGCCAGAAAGUAACCCAGAUGUUAAGGAACUAAAAGAAUUCUUGGAAUCUGUGGAUCUGGCAGACAGUCAGAAUGCGGAAAGCGUGUCUUCAGUGGAAUUAGAUGGCACCUUUAGCAAUGUUACAGAUCUUCAGUCGCAUUUACAGAGGUGUCAGCAAUUAUCUGUAACAGUAUUAACAGAUCAUCAGGAUUUGAAUAACACAGGGCUGAGAACUAUUCUGAACAGCACUGCUCCUCAACAGUACCGCAUUAGAGCAAAGCUGAGAACUUUUAAACCUCAGAAGCUCCAUCAGAGUAUUAAACUUUAUUGUUCCAAAUGCAACUCUUUGAAAGAAGUUCCAGAUGGAGAUGACUUUGACUUAAUUUUACAAGAUUCUGCAACUACUGCGCCAAACCCGGAAUUGCACAAUACCUCAUGGUAUGGUUCUGUGAUGUGGACUACACAAGAUCAGAAGCAGAGGAAAAUAGCUAUUCAUUUUGUAAAGCAUGAUGAAAUGCUUCAAGAGCCUGAACAUACGUUGCUUAUGAUAGAAGGUGGGACACUAAAAGAAAUCUGGAAGCUUUCAAGAAGAUUUAAAUGUGUUAUUCCUGUGAGAUCUACUAAAGAUGAUCUUGAAUUAUUAGAUUUUUCCGCUCCUUUUCUUUUACAGGGGAACGUAAAAUACUAUGGGUGCAAGCACUGCUCAACUCCAAAGACUAUCAAGAGUCUAAGUUCCCUUGCAGCAGAACAACGACCAUCAUGGGAACCGACUGAAAUAGCACAAGUUUUAGGUAUUGUGCCACUCCAGUAUGUUUUUAUUAUGAAGUUUACACUAGUUGAUGGAACAGGAGCACUAAAUGCAUACCUUUUUGAUUAUGAAAAGUUUUUCCAAAUUCCUGCUUCUGAAAUCUUAACUAAUAAUUUUCUUCAGCAAAAGAUGCAGAUGACAAUGAAUACACUCUGCCCUCCAGGAAGAAAACUAGAUGACUUACCAUGGCUGGAAUGCUUUAUCAAGUCCUAUAACAUCACGGAUGGAACGAAACAUCAAGUUUAUUACCAAAUUUUUGACACUACGAUUGCUGAAGAUGUUGUAUAGUGAUGUCUUGCUAAUAAGUAAUCCAGUAAUGGUCCAAUUUCUGUUGGAUCUGCAUUAAAAAAGUGUGUCCCGUUUUCAGAAUUCAACCUGUAUAUAUGAAGUUUUUGUUUGUAUAUUAAAAUGAAAAGAAAUUACGCUUCAAUGUGUUUACUACUUGCCUGACGUGCAGGCUUGUGAGCUGAGUGCAAGUGGAAGUGCUCAGCUUUUCAUUGGAAGCUGCUUGGCUCAGGCUGAUGGAAGUAGUCUAAUAUCCAGCUGUUAUCCAGGUUACUCCAAACUGGUGAUGAGGUGACUCUACACUGACUCUGUGGUCAGAAUGUUCUUGCUUUGUUCAUUUCUGUGUGAAAAUAAAUGAUUUCAGCAGAGAUGGGAGAAAGAGCUUCAGUAAACUUCUCUUCUCUCACAGUGCUUUGCAUAAACACAUUACUGUUCUCAGCCAGUUUGAGAGGGCUGUUGUCCAUUUUUAGGGAUGUUAAAGUGGCCCUAAAAGGGACCAAAGACUGUUAGCAUGCUUAUUAACUGGGUCUGUGUUUUCAAAGACUCUGAUAUAUUUGUCUAAAUUUACUGUCAGAUUAUACUCCCUAGAUCUAUGUUUUGUGUCUUGCAUAAUCAGAUUACGUUGCUAAAUUUGGAGACAGCAGACUAAUCUAGUGAUAUCAUGGCUUGAAGAUACUACUAGAAAAUAAUACUAUGUGGUUUCACUUUGCAUUCAGAAGUAUUUUACACAAAUUCAAGACGUGUUUCUCUAAUGAUAAUUAAUGCAGAAAUUCCUGUCGAGUCAAAUGCCUCCUAUAAGAGCAAAAACAAUUAAUAUUUUCAGCAGCUGUUUUUUAAGGGAGUUCAGAAGCAAGAUGUAAAUACUUGUGAGUAGAUUAUUAUUUUGAUAGUAGAUGACAUUUUCUUUUUUUAAUUUUUCAGAGUUGUACGGUAGAUUAUGCAACUGGUCAUUUAAAAAUUCAUCUAAAUCUGCAGAUAAUUUUCUGAUAGUGUAAAAAUUUGCACUGGCUGUAAAUGUCAUAAACCUGGAGAUUAUGUUCUUUAUUGAUCAGUGUAUAGGGAGAACCAAUAUUAAAUGUGGUUAGUGGAUAUUACCUUUCCAAAGCAGGGAAAAACUCAACUUCAGAAUGGAACAAGCAGUUUAUGAAAGAGCAGUAUUUGCUUAUGAAAGCUUACCUGAAUCUGAAUAACUACAUGAGAGAAAAACAGUGAAUAACGAAAAUAACUUAUUGAUUGGAUAUUCUAAAACUGAAGACACUGGAGAUAUAGUGUAUUAAAUCAUUGGAGGGAAAUAUUUUAAUUUUUUUUAACUGUGAUAGCAGACAUUGAUAAUGUACCUUUUUCUGAUUAAGACUUUGAAGAAAUAAUGGAUAAAAGUAUAUGUUUUGAACUUCAAUAUAAAUGUAAUUGGUUUCACCAUGUCUCUCAUCUGAGAUUCCUGCCAUAACACUCUGAAGACAUUUUAUAAUUGCGUGCACAUCACUUGACUUUUCUGCUGUUGAAUAUUGUAAAUGUUUAAUAAAUAUUUUUUCCAAAUAGUGAGAAUUC